GGGUAACUGGGGGAGACGAGCAGACAGGCUAGGACGGGUCGGGCGGAUUGAAGCGCCUGUUGCUGCCGGUGGACGUGCGGCUGAACCGAGUUCUCCCACCCGCUGGGGGAGGGCUGGAUGGAGGUCUCUCGGCUCUGACGCUGCCGGAUAACCGCGGAUGGCGACCAACGAAGACCAGACGAUGGAGCUUGAAGCUCUGCGCUCCAUUUAUGAAGGAGAUGAAUGUUUUAAAGAACUUAGUCCAACAUCUUUUCAAUAUCGGAUAGGUAACCUUGGCGACCCUAAAGCCUUCCUGCUAGAAAUUUCAUGGCCUGAAAUGUAUCCAGAACUGGCCCCAAACAUAUCACUGAAUGCCUUCUUCAAUAAUAGCAUUUCUGCAUCAGUAAAGCAAAAUAUAAUAGCCAAACUACAUGAACAAAUUGAAGCAAACCUCGGGACUGCUAUGAUGUACACACUGUUUGAAUGGGCUAAAGAGAACCAAGAGCAGCUUAUGGAAAACCACCAGCCAGUAGUCAAUACAGUGACCACGUCGACGAAUGAAAAUUCUGUCACUACAAAUACUUCUGUGGCUAAGAAAAAAGAGAAGAAAGAACAUCUAUCAAAGUCCCAAAAGAAAAAGUUGGCUGAUAAGACAGAUAACCAAGGAGAGCUGCCACGAGGAUGGAAUUGGGUGGAUGUCAUUAAGUUGAGCAAAACUGGCUGCAAGGAUGAUUAA